UUCAAAGUGUGGACUCAUCCUGCGGGGAGAAACGGUGCGCAACGAGGGCGCAUCUCGUUGCAGGACAUUCUAAGCACUUUUGCUUCUCUGUGUAAGGUGCACAUCUUGGGAUUUGAAAGGCAACUGUCAGUGCGCGUGGAUCGCGCGUCCUGGGACCUGGCUAGUGCUGAGCGCGUCAGGCGACGUGAAAAAGUCAAACCUCGGUUAGAAAGACACAUGCGUAAAAAUAUCAGUGUUUUUUCAAACUUUGUUAAGUCGGCUUGUUUACUGUGGAGACGCCGUGGAUCUAUUCAGUCCCUGCACACAGCACUCAGUCGUUUAGAGUCUCCGGAGUAACCAUGACAACAGAGAGAGACCCCAAGUGAAUCCAAGUGAGCGGGGCUGACGCCGGAGCGAGCGUGAAAGAGUGAUUUUGUUUGUGCGUUUUUUGAUCAGACUACACAUCAUCAGCUGUAAAGCACCCCAUGUCAUUCAAACCGGUCGCGGUCUAUUAAAAGUAUCGCCUUGCUGGUGACUGAACCUCUACUAUUUAUGAAGCCCAGGGCCAGUGGUUGCAUACAACACAGGCACCGGGCAAAGAAGUGAACUGUUACGCGAUAGAAGAGGAACGAUGGCGCUCUCGCAGACGCUCCUAGUUUACGUGUUCCUGUGCGUCCACGUCGGGGUCUCCUCCCAGCAUUACCUACGCCUCCGUCCAUCGCCCAGUGACCACCUGCCAGUGCCUGACCUCAAGGAGGACCCGGACCCGGAGUACGACCCACGGGAGCAGGACUUGGUGGAGAGGACUUUGAGGAAAAAGCUGGGCAGCAACUUUGACCCUAACUUCAUGUCCAUCAGCUCACCCAUGCUGGUGAACCUCUCGGACACACAUAUGAAGCCACACGGGCCGAUGCCCAACGAGAUUAAAAAGCUGGACCUCACUGAAACCCCGUAUGGGAAGCGGGUCAAAGUGGGGAAGAAGGCGAGGAGGAAAUUCCUGCAGUGGCUGUGGACCUAUACGCAUUGCCCUGUCGUGUACACUUGGAAGGAUUUGGGCGUAAGGUUCUGGCCACGUUACAUAAAAGAGGGGAAUUGUUUCUCGGAGCGCUCGUGCUCCUUCCCAGAGGGCAUGUCUUGUAAACCAGUCAAGUCUAUCAAUAAGAUUUUUCUACGAUGGUACUGUCAAGGCUUCCUCAAACAGAAGUACUGCACGUGGAUACAGGUGCAAUACCCAAUCAUCUCAGAGUGCAAAUGCUCGUGCUAAUCCUCACGAGGAGGAGGAGGAGGAGGUGUGGACUGGAAAUACGGUUUUCUAUUGCACUGUUAACUAUUACAAAAGUGGGCACCAUAGCAAAUCUAUUUUUUUAUAUAGCAUUUUAAGUGAAAUAUCAACAUUGUACAUAUUUAAGACAAAUGCAGCUAUUUUUUUCUAAUUGAUCCAGGACCAUAUUUUAUUCUGCGGAAAACAUGAGCACUUCAUAUGGAAGAGCUUUCUUUUUUAAAAAUAUUUUUACAUUAAGAGACUUUGAGAAUGGAUUGCUAUACACUUCUUCAAGAAGGGAACUUUUCAACUGAACUGACUGUUAUUUCACUGCAAUGCUGCCUAGAGGUUUUUGUAUAUUAAUAUCAAUAAUUAUUAAAUUGUUUAAAAAGUUGAGGCUAAAGAUAUAUAUAAAGGCGUGAACUCAGCUUUUUGGAAUACAUAGUAUUGUAGAAAUAAACAAAUCUGUAUGUUUUAUUUAUUAUUUUAACGAUUGUGAGUAUAGAGCAUAAGGAAGAGAAUAGCAGAGUAUACCAGAAACAAAAAUAUGGGAGAUGUCUACUUGAAUAUUGCUAAAAUGAGAAAAAAAAUAAAUAAAAAAG